ACUGUUACAGCGUGGCUGUGGUCCAUGAGGCCGUGUCUCGGCAAGACCCCCCGGUUGCAACCAGAGGACAGGCCAUCUCCUUGCACGGGAGCUCAGCCACUGCUGUUUGUGAUUGUGUGAAAGGUCGAAGGGCUUCAUACACAGCUCCAUCAGCUCACUCACGGUGGAGAAGAGCUGGAGGACGGUCGGCUCUGCACACUCUCACGCUCCACUCGCCUCUCCGUGGUGAAAACACCAACAAAAGGAACUGACAGACUCAGCCCUGCUGCCAUGGAGGAGAACCAGAGUCGCUUGGUUGGAGGCACACAACCAUCUGUGUCAGGAGCACAGAUGGAGGGACACAUUUACGAGGUGGCUGUGCAGAGCGACGCCACCAAUCACAGCUCCCAGUUUGCAGAUGUGGCCCUGCUGCAAAAGUUCAAGUCUCUCAUCAUCCCCUGCUACGUGCUCGUGGUGGUGGUGGGCGUCUUCGGGAACUACCUGCUCCUCUACGUCCUCUGCCGAACCCGAAAGAUGCACAGUGUCACCAACUUCUUCAUCGGGAACCUGGCCUUCUCUGACAUGCUCAUGUGUGUGACGUGCGUCCCUUUCACUCUUGCCUACGCCUUCAAUCCGCAUGGAUGGGUGUUUGGCCGAACCACGUGCUAUCUGGUGUUCCUCAUCCAACCUGUCACGGUCUAUGUUUCAGUCUUCACGCUCACUGCUAUUGCUGUGGACAGAUAUUACGCGACAGUUCAUCCCCUGAAGAAGCGCACCUCGGUGGCCACUUGUGCCUCUGUCCUCACCGGCAUCUGGCUGCUGUCCUGCGGACUGGUGGCUCCAGCCGUGACCCACACCUACCACGUGGAGUUCAAAGAGGAAGGCUUCACCAUCUGUGAGGAGUUCUGGCUGGGACAGGAGAAAGAAAGGCGCACUUACGCGUACAGCACUCUGCUGGUCACGUAUGUGCUGCCGCUGUCGGCCGUCUUUGUCUCGUAUCUCUGCAUCACUGUCAAACUGAGGAACUGUGUGGCACCGGGCCACAGGACGAAAGGCCAGACAGGAGCUCAACAAGCUCGCAAGAGGAAGAUCUUUCGCCUGGUUGCACUUUUGGUGUCGGCCUUUGCCGCGUGCUGGCUCCCCAUUCACGUGUUCAACGUGCUGCGGGACAUAGACAUUCACCUCAUCAACAAACGCUACUUCUUACUCAUUCAACUGCUGUGCCACCUGUGUGCCAUGAGCUCGUCCUGUUGUAACCCGUUCCUCUACGCAUGGCUACACGACCGCUUCCGCACUGAGCUGCGGAAGAUGUUCAAGUGCCAUCGUCGCAUUGGAGUGCCUGCCAAUCAUUGUGCGGCCAGCGUUGUCUUGUAAUCGUUUUCUGAAGAGGAUGCUUUGUUAUUAUUUUUGGGCAAGUCGAGUCGAGUGGGGUUCAUCCUGUGCAGUUGUCAAGAUAUCUUUUCUCUGGGUGAACAGAUGGACAGACGGACCAACAUUGGCCAUCACCUGGGCCGACCCCAGUUGGGUCGACCUUUCAGAGCAUGGACCAAGAGGCUGAAAGAUAAAUGUUCUUCACAAAUUUCUCUGUGGUUGUUGAUAAGAUAUGCCGAGCUGUGAGAGAAAACUGUUGGGAGGUCAAUGCUUGAAUUAUCUAAGAUUGCUUUUCAUUAUUCUACAUAUCACAUGGUAUUGCGUGUGUACUGUACUGUUCAUCUUGUACAUGGAAAAACGUCCUUUAUAUCUGUAAGAAGAGUGUGACCGUGUGAAUGUAGAGAUGCAAUCUUAAGGGUGUUCGCUUUCGUAUAACAAAUGAAUGAGGAAAAAAAUCUGAAAUGACCUUGGAAAAGGCCGACGCACGUAGAAUAGAAUUAAAGCAUCCGUUCAGGUCGUGUCUACAGAGAAGUUUUGUCUUUCACCAGGACAACGGAGUCAGAUCUAAUAAUGUGGGGCUCCUCAUUGGAGUCUGUAGAAUAAAUUAAAUUUAUGAACUUGCGCCCCCUGGGCUUUAAUUUUCUUAAAGCGGGGAAGAUUAUGAAUAUGCACCUUGUUGUAUAAUUUAUCCUAUUGUAUCUGAUAGCAUUGGUUAUUGGCUUUAGAAAAAAAAGGCUGUGAAAAUGGUACAAUUGUAUAAUGUUGGUGUUGGUUAUAUGUUCUCUGUGCUGGUGUUUUUUAUUCGCCGUAUGUAUAUUUGUCUCUGUACUCAGAGUAGGAGAAGGGAGCGGGGCGUCUUUGCAGCAGAAAUAUAUCUCAACUGAGUCAACGGGUCUGAAGUGCUUCUCUCACUGAAGUGACUUCAUAUUGGUUCUUUUCCCAUCAACAUUUACUCAGCUGCUGAAUUCAUUUGGGUGCAUGCAGUACAUGGUGUAUUUAAAAUGAUGGGAUAGUUACUUGUAAAUGGGUUGUGGUGGACAUGCAAAUGUACUUUGAUGUGGUCUGUGUGGUCGUCACACACUGAAUAAAAAUACAGAGACCAGAUGACUUCUCAGUAUGUCAGAGGAUUCAGAGAAAAUUCACUAACUAAAUAACUGGAAGGACAGAUGUGUUUUCUGCUCAUCGACUUGGGCUUGUUUAGGAAAUUGAAACAAUGUGAAAAAUUGUAUUAUUGAUCUCCUUUAUCAUUUCGGCAUAUUUGGUGUAUUGUUGUACACUUCCCGUUGUUGAGAGAUGUAUGUUCUAGUUAAACAUCCUGUGAAUAAAGACCAAUUCAGGCGCAAUUGUUUCCGUGCAUUACACUUGAGUGUAAAGCUGUGAAGCCUCGUCACUUUUACU